UUUGUAUUAAAUGUUUUCAAUCAAAUGACCUGAUAAUAUUCAACUUCACAGCUGGUAUCAGUAGCAAUACUCUGUAAAAUGAGUUUUGAAACUGUUUCAAACAUUCAAUAUUGAUAUUUUUCAAUAUCUUUGACAACACUACUACUGACAGUGAUGUUUAAGAUGUGUCAGUGUGUGUGUGUGUGUGUGUGUGUUGUUGUUUUUUUUUUUUAAGUACAAUUAAUUUUGGGCAAUAAAAAGCCCAUCCCUAUGAUUUAAGAUCUUUAUUUGACAAGUGGGCCAGUUGAUGGUAUUGACAAAGCUGUUCCUCCAGCACCACCUUUCUCCAUUAUAAUGUUUGUUUCCAAAAGAAGAAGUUUAAUAUAAUAUGAUUCUAAUUUAACAAUUUGCUUCCUAUUUAUUAGCUGACAGAAUGAACCAAACCAACCAAACAGAGGACGUCCUCCUCUCCUGCUACAAUCCUUCAGUUGUCGGCUAUCACUACUUUGCUGUGCUGUGGGGAUGUGCUGUGACCAUCAUAGGUACGGUGGGGAACCUGAUGACCAUUCUAGCCUUCGCCAUAGAUCCUCAUCUAAGGACGCGCUUCAAUGUGCUCAUCGUCAACCUGGCUCUAGCUGAUCUCCUGUACUGCACCAUACUGCAGCCCAUCUUAGUUGACUCCUAUCUACACCUCAGAUGGCGCACUGGUCAGCUGUGGUGCAGAAUCUUUGGCCUGCUCUUCUUCCUCUCCAAUUCUGUCUCCAUUAUCACCCUCUGCCUGAUAGCAGUAGGCAGAUAUCUACUGGUCGCAAAGAGAGCUGUGUUUGACCGUGUCUUCUCUGACCUUGGUCUUUCUUUACUCAUCUCAGCAUGGACACUAGGCCUGACCAGCCUUGGUCCACUAUGGCAUGGUUACGUGUUUGUGCCAAAGGAGUGCAUGUGCUCCAUUCAACGGAAGACGUACCAUCCCUACCCCACCAUCCUGCUCUUUUUCUACUUUGUUGUUGGUCUGGGAUGUGUUGGUACAUUCUACUUCCUCAUCUACAGACGUGUCCGGAUUGCAUCACUUGCUCGACUCCGCUAUAGGUUCAGCCGCCGAUCCUCCAGGAAGAAACCAGCUUCUUCAGCACAAGACACCAAUGACAGUGAACUUGAGCGUGGUGUAGCCAACACAUGUAGCUGUGAGAUUAGCAGCCAGGCAGAACUAGUCCCAACUAGAGAUGACAUCAAUAGCGAAAAGUCCUCUCAGCUCACAGCUCACAGCUCUGCCAUGGCCGAAUCAGCAACCAAAUCUCCCCCUGAUGUCAUCACUACACCACCUUCACCCACACCUGCUCCCACUAACGCAGUCUCCUUGUCCCACUGCACAGCCUCAGCAAAUGAUAGGGAAAUUAAGCAUGUGACACGCAUGUGUUUAGCUGUUUUUCUGGGUUUUGUGUUCUGCUUUGUCCCCUACCUGUUAAUCAACAUAGGUGACAAACAUAACCGUGCCCCACAGGUUUUGUACAUGGUCUGCCUAAACCUCACCUGGCUCAACAGCUGUAUCAACCCUGUGCUCUAUGCUGUCAUGAACAGACAGUUUCGACAGGCCUACCAUGUGCUGCUCACCAGGGCUGCAGCACCAUUCACCUGCCUGUGGACCUGGUGGUCGUCUCUUUGAACACCUGACCUCCACAAAUUGAAAGAGAUAGCUCAACAAAAAAAACAACAUAUUUUUCCUUUUAC